AAGCAUCUGUCGGAGCCUGACUGGUGCUUGUUAUCUAAGUGGCAGGUUAUAAAACAAGAAAUGAAGGAAAAGUCUGUGACCUGAAGGGCCUGUAAGUAGGAAAAGAGGAAAAUAAGGUUAUAAAUUUUUAGAAGUGAGAUGAGAUUUUUUAGGUGGAAAGAAGCGUCUUUUAGUAGAGGAGCUGUUGGUUUGGAAAAGCAGCGAGGCUGGCAAGCGCAUACGCCCUUCAGGAACCCGCUGUCUGUCAGGGUGGCUCUCAGGACUGGUCCCAGAGCAUCACCCCUGUUAGCACCUGCCUUCAAACCUGCGUUUAUUACAGAAGAGGAGAAACGCCUGUGCCAGACGGGAGCAAACAUGAGGUCACCGUCAGAAGAGUCAGUCCCAUUACAUGAAGAAUUUAUCUACUGUUGUGGAGCUGCUACCCAUGUCUUAAAGUGUGGGCCCUGGAAAGACCUCUCAAAAGAUGAAAGUAAAAAUCUACCCCGGCUCUUAUUCAUGAUUAUUCCUGGUAACCCUGGACUGGCAGGUUAUUACAGGACCUUUAUACAGGCUUUAUAUUGUGGACUGAACCAGCAGUAUCCCGUGUGGGUUGUGAGCCAUGCCGGACAUUGUAAACCUCCCAGUGGGAUGGAAAUGAUAGAAGACACAGAUAUUAAGGAGCUAGAGGAUGUUUUUGGACUUAACGGACAAGUAGAGCAUAAGCUGAACUUCCUCAAAAAGAAUGUAUCAAAAGAUAUAAAGCUGGUACUGAUUGCUCAUUCUAUUGGUUGCUACAUCACCCUGGAGAUGAUGAAGCGAGCAUCAGAACUUCAGGUUCUUCGCUCUGUGCUGCUGUUCCCAACGAUCGAGCGCAUGGCUCAGUCCCCACAGGGGAAGCUCAUGACCCCGCUGCUGUGCAAGCUCCGCUACGCUCUGUACAUGCCCGUCUACCUGCUGUCCUUCCUGCCUGAGGGUGUCAAGGCCUCCCUGGUGCGGUUCGCACUGCGAGGAAUGAAGACCUGUGAUGAAUCUUCCAUAACAACCUCCAUAAAUCUCUUCAGCGUCGACUGCAUUGCCAACAUCUUGUACCUGGCAAGCCAAGAAAUGAUGAAGGUGGUGGAGAGAGACAGUACAACCAUAAAGCAAAAUUUAAAGAAGCUGAUUUUUUACUAUGGAACUGGAGACAGCUGGUGUCCACAGCACUACUACGAUGAGAUCAAAAUGGAUUUUCCAGAUGGGGACAUUCGGCUUUGUGAGAAGGGGCUCCGCCACGCCUUUGUGCUGGAUGCCAGCAAGGAGAUGGCUGCCAUGAUCACAGACUGGCUACAGGAUGAUCUGACCAAAUUAUAAGCAUGGAUUCAGUGAUUAACAAGAAAACGAUGUAAUUAUUUUGUGAACGUGUAAUUUUUUUUGUGAGAGAGUCUGUCCUAUUUUUUUUCAGUUUAUUAUAGAUUAUGGCUUGUUUUCUAUUGAUAUAUUUUAGAGGAAGUUAAAGAGAAACUGGCUGGUCCAAAGUAUAGUUUUAUUGAUUUGGUGCGGGUGUAGUUUUGUCCUGUGUCUUCAGGACUCUGCAGGACUUGGCAAAAGGUGGAAUAUUUCUUGUCUGCUAGGGCUCUAGACAACACUGAUACAAUUGUACCUGAGUUACUACCACCUCAUUCACCUGCUGGAGAACUGUCAGGGAUGUAGAGGAUUCUGACAAUGGAUCCUGGUAUGCUGUGAAAGACCUGGCCCUCUCUAUGUGUCUCAUCCAUCCAUGUAAACCAAGUGCACGACAGGCAGAACAGCCCAAGGCCCCUGGGCAACCCUGACAUUGUCUCCUCUGGGUCAGAUGGUGUUGGUGGUCAGUCCAAGGUCAUGCUGAGUUCAGGAUGAGUACAAAGGAGAUGUGUAGAGGAGAUGUGCAGUUUCUCCAAUUUUCAUAAGGGGUUUAGGGUGCCUCCAGGACUCCACAGGGUAUAAAAAAUGCCGUAAGGUAACUGUGGCUGCUCAACUAGGGAAUACAUAAGGAGCUCUUGUCUGGAAUGUGGCCAAAUGUUUCAUUUUUCAGUUGACUGUAGAGACUGGAAAGGACACUGAUCAAAAGUGCCAAUAUUAAAAGGUUAAAAUGGAUUGCAGAAUCCAUGUAUAACUUCUAGGUGGCCUAGCUCUCCUAAUGAAGUCCAUGAGAACAGUGCUUGCUCAGCAACUUUAAAGAAUUAAACCAGUUUUGAUGCAUGUCUAAAUUUCAGUUUUUUGCUCUAAGGACUGAAGUAUGAAAUUUUCUGCCAAGCCACAAAUUAGAUAAAUUCACCAUCAGAAAAUAUCUGUUACUGUGCCACGGCUGCACCCAUGACAUGACAUGAAAUGUUAAUGUUGAGAGCCAGACCCUUGCACAUUGCUGACGAGUUCACUGUUCCUUACAUUUGUUCAUCCCUCUCCUUUACAAAUGGAAAAAAAUUAGAAAAAAACAUCCUACCAGUUGUGAUAACAGAAGAAGUUACAGGCAACAGCUAGAAAUGAAAACAAUGCAAGUAAGGGGAUCAGAGCCAAGUGUAAUCAGGAAAAGCUUUCUAGCCAUGAACCUGUGAAAUAGUCUCCCUGCAGAGUUCACAGAGACAUUUAUAAAUAAGCAAAACACUACAGAGUAUAGUCAGGGGAGAUCCUGCCCUUGCAAACAGAUGAAUUUAAAUGAUGCACUGGGUAUCUACCUUACAUGAUUUAUUAACAGUUUUGAUGUGGUACCGGUGAGAAUGAUUCUGGAGAAUGUUCUCUGUGAUGCACAAAGAUUGAUUAGUCACUUACUUUUCUUACACAAUUAUACACACACCUUAUACUGCUCUCUAAACCCCCCUCCGAACCUUUCACUGAUAUUUAGAGCAACUUGUAAUAGAGCUCAGUUUCUGGAUAUUUUGGACAAGUUUUCAAACCUGCAGACUGACAGUGGAUUUAAGUGACCUUCUUUGUAUCAGAAACUGUUUCAGCUUUUGGGACUAGCCACUGGAUUUUCUGAUUACACUGACACGUGAUGAAAUGGUACAGAUAAGUGAGGCAGAAAUGUUGAGACCACAGUUGCAGCAGCGUGAGGAAGAACUGGACAGAUUCAAAGUGAAGGGACUGUGCCCAUGCAACUGGUUCUGUUUAUUGGAGAGUCAUGGACUUUCCUUCUUUCUACAGGUCCAUUUUCAGUCAUGAUCAAAACAAUCCUUGUUCUCACAUUAGAAAUCCAUAGUUGUCUGUGUCUGUGUGUGUUUGAAUAGCCCCCAGAUGUUGGCAUCAUUCCUGUUGGAUGGCCUUGGGGCAGAUGCUCCAUGCAUCUGUUGGCCAAGUUGCUCCCUGGGACAGAGCCAGGGGACACGUUCACAUACAUGGAGAUAUAUAAAUGUACACACACACAUAUAUAUACAUGUGCACGUUUGUAUGUCAGCAACAUAAAAAACUACAGUUCACUUGGUUGUUUUGGUUUACACAUUGAUCUGGUUGAACAAAAUGUGUUCUUCAAAGUGUAUGGAAUCAAGGAAUCGAGCAAGGACUCAGUUUGUGGAAGUUCAGCUGUUGUAGUGGAUCUCCUGAGACCAGACAAAAUCUUGUAUUAACCAAAGAUGAUAAGCAACUAUUAAAGCCUGGGAACUGAAGCACCUACAAGAAGCAGUUGUUUACAGUGCAUUAUUCGUAUACUUUGUAUGAGGAAUUAAUUUAGCAAUACUUGUACUUGACUUGUGUAUGCCUUUUAUACAAUUGUUAAUCCAUUAUAAUAAAUCCUACUGACUGCAUUAAGACCUAAACUGGGACUAGGUCUGGUCAAUGAUGACCAGAUAUACUGCAGGAGAAUGCCUUACAAUUUUCUUAAAUGAAUUUUCUCUAAUAUUAUCAAAACCAUAUUGAUUCAAUUGCUACCUUCCUCUUAGGAGCUGUUACUGUAAGGCUAAGAUCUGAAAAUUUGCUGCUCUAUUCAUUGCAAAAAUGCAUGAGUCUAGUUUCCACAGCUGUAUUUCCUAAGAGAAGCAGAUCCCACACAAUGAGAAUCUAUCUCCUCUGAAGCCUGUGGUGUUCACCGUCACCCCGGGCAAAGAGUGUCAAAAGUGCUUAUGGUCCAAAUGUGCCAACUUACCAUGAAAACACAGUGUGGUCUUGCCUAUUUUAGACUACUUAAGAGUUCUUGAGAAACCUAUCACAAAUAUAUUGACUGUAUGCUGUAGCACCUAAUCUCUGUCUUUCACAUCUGUGCUUAAUUCUCACCACACAAGUAACCCUUGCUAGUUCAAUGACUUUGACUCAUGUGCAAGUGUUUUGCUAGAUCAAUACCUUUUAUUAAAAGUACACAAUUCCAAUAACAAAAAUAAAGACAUUUAUGGUAAAAUGUAA